AACUCAGAUGCACUGGCCAGGUAUUCAGGAAAAGCCCCGCGAACUUUUGAAUUUCAUUUCCUGUUUGGCCAGCGUGGAGCUCUGAUCAGCACAAGUGACCACACAGAGCUCAUCAGCACAGGUAGCAAUGCAGUCUCCUGAGAAUUGAAAAAGAGCUCCAGCAUGGACCGCAUGGGAGGUACUGGAUCUGAUCGCUAUAUGGGGAGAGGAUUCAGUGCUAACAGAACUCCGUUCCAAAAGUCGAAAUGAAAAAAUAUUUGAAAAAAUUUCAAAGGCUAUGAUGGAAAAAGGCCACACAGGGACUCAGUGCAGUGCAGAGUGAAAGUUAAGGAGCUCAGACAAGCCUACCAGAAAACCAAAGCAGCAAACGGAAGGUCCGGGUCAGGGCCGAAAACAUGCUGCUUCUACGCUGAGCUGCAUGCAAUUUUAGGGGGCUGCGCCACCACUACCCCACUCCUGUCCGUGGAUUCCGAGGUGGUGGUUGUAAUCUCAACCAUGGCUGAGGAUUCUGCGGAGGGGGAAGAUGAGGAGGAGGAGGAGGAGGAAGAGGAGGACGACCUUGCAGCGAGCACACAGCACUCCGUUAGCCCCAACAGCCAGGAGCUUUUUGUGACCCAGAUGGAAUUAUCCUCCCAGCCCUCCCAAGCCACUAGCCCAGACAGUGAAGCCAUGGAAGCAACCUCUGGUGACUGCACGUUUUUCAAGCCUCCCUACUCCAUCCCGAAGGCUAUCUCAGAUAAGGCGGAGGAAAAAGAAGACGCGAGACAAAAUGUUCUCGGAAAUCAUGGUAGUAACCCGCAAUGAAAGAGCUCAUCUGAAUGAGUGGAAGGACGUGGUAGCAAAGUACAGGAAAGAUGCCAGUGAACAUGAGGACAGGAGGGACCAACGUGAGGAUAGGAGGGAUGAACGUGAGGAUAGGAGAGACGCUCGAGAUGAGAGGUGGCAGCAGGAA